AUGUAUGUAUGUAUGAAAGAGGCAGCGGGUAGCAGCACGUUCCCGAUAGCGUUGGGCAUUGGCCCGGUCCGAAAGGGCUGGAUGGAGGCUCGGAAGCCUUACAUCAUUACAAAGCAGCGGGAGAAGUGGACUGAUGAGGAGCACGCAAAGUUCCUGGAGGCUUUGAAACUGUAUGGGCGAGCAUGGCGGAAAAUCGAGGAACACGUGAGCACCAAGACAGCGGUACAGAUCAGAAGCCACGCGCAGAAGUUUAUUAACAAGCUCGAGCGGAAUCCACCAGCUGAGGAUGGCGAGGGCAUCGCCAUCAGCAUCCCGCCACCGCGGCCCAAGCGCAAGCCCUCUAGGCCGUACCCAAGGAAGGAGUCAGCGCUGCCCGAGAACAGCGGCAGCGCCGCCGCCGACGCCAGCGGCGUCAACGGCGGUGGUACGACGACGGCCGCGCAGCCGUUGACGCCUGUGGCCGCCGCUGCGGUGGCUGCGGCGGCGGUGAAGUCGCAGCACCAGCAGCAGCAGCAGCACCAGCUGCUACAGGAUAGGCAGCAAUCGGCCCAUCAUGCAGAGGUGACGGACGCGACGGUGGCGGCAGUGGCGGCCGCGGCGUCGGCGGCAGCGGCAGCAGCGGCGGCGGCGGUGGUGGCGGCGGCGGGACAGCAAGUCCAAGCACAUCUCCAG